CCACCGCCGCGCGUAACGCCAGAACUCCCAUCGCGCCCUGCCUGUGCCUACUAACGGGAGAAGAACAGCCGGCGGGGAGAUGUUUAACCCCUUGUUUGCCGCAGACGAUGGCCUGAAGAGAAGGGGGCGGGGACUCCCCUGAGGCCCCGCCCUCUUCCUACUCGGCUCAGCUCGAGAAGGGGGCGGGGACUCCCUUGAGGUAGGCCCCGCCUUCUUCAGGCUCGGCUCGCUCUCUGGCUUCGAGCGCUCAUCCGCGGCCGGGCGCAUGCGCGCCAGGUCCGUCCGCGAUGGAGUCCCUCCUGGGGCAGGUGCCGCUGCGCUUCUCCCGGGUGCCCAUGUUCCCCUUCUUCGACCUGGCACACUAUGCCGCCUCCGUCAUGUCGCUGAAGGAGCAGCGCGGUAUCUUCUAUUUUACUGUCCACACGAUCUAGCCUACCGCUGUGUCUCUUUUCCACCUAUACGACUGAUGGUUGCAGGGAUGAAGGAAGUGACCAGGACGUGGAAAAUAACAGGCGGAGUUGCACAUGCGCAUAGCCAUUACAAGAACGCCUGGAUUGUCAUGAUAGUCAUUGGCUGGGCCAGAGGAGCUGGUGGCGGCCUAAUAUCCAACUUUGAACAGCUGGUUAGAGGUGUGUGGAAGCCUGAAACUAAUGAACUGCUGAAGAUGUCCUACCCUGUGAAAAUCAGCUUGGUGGGAGCUGUAUUCUUCACGAUGCAGCAAAUCCAUUUCCUUCCAGUAGAAAAGCACGACCUUAUGUUCUAUUAUACCAUAUUCUUGGUGGGCAUGAAGAUCACUAUGAUGCUGACAGAUCAUCCUCCUUCACCAUUUGCUCCAUUUGAGAACUUAUUGGGUCCCCUCUUCUUCGGUUGGCGGCCUCCUCCUUCAAGAGCGAGAGGUGAGGCCAGGGUACCUCAAAAUGGCAUCUCCUCGGCCUGGAGCUGCACUACGGGUGGAGAAACCGAUGAGAGUUCAAAGACGAAGCACUCAAAGAAAUCUGACUGAGACCAUUGAAAAGGGAGGCUAAAUGAAGGUGGCAAACCCAGCGUCUCGUCUGUGCUCCCAAAUAUUUAAUAUUUUGUUUUCCUCAGUGAUGUGAAACAAUUGUGUUUAAGGAGAUUUGUUUAGCAUGAGGCUAACUAUGAUAGCGUUUGAGCUCAGGCCAUGGUAAGCAUAUCCUGCGCAUGUUCCAGUCCCAGUGGCGCUCUUGCGAGCAACACUGUCUGUGAACUUGUUUUGCAGUUUAUGUGCACCACCAAACUACUGCCAUGUGGCUACUUCUAGCCUCUAAAAUGUGCUUUUUUUGUAAACUAGAAUCCCUAUUUGGACAAGAUGCAUCAUGUCAAGACUACUUUUUUCUAGUGUAAAUGAUAAAAUAAGAGUUUAUAUUGUGAUGAGAAAUUUGUACAAUAGUUUUAUAUGUUUUCUGUGUAAGAAAAUAAAAUGUUUUAAAACAAACCCCUUUGCAAAAUAUUGCCUGGCACGAGCCAUAGCCAGACUUGAUGAUUCUUGUUGGUUGUAACUUAUUUGGGAGAUGAUCCAGUCAGAUAUAGGUGUUUUUAAAAUUGAUAUAAUUUUAAGCAUUUUGUGGUCACAAAUCCUACUUUUCACAUUGGCUGAAUUGUACUGUGAUGUUUCUGUUCUUUAUAUCUUAACAUAUAUAUCUUUCAUCUAACUGAGCAAUGUGAAUUUUUGUGAUAUUCUGUGACUGAAAGGAACAAUUAAUAUGUACUAUCAGAUAUAAGAAGCCAGUUUAAUCUUCUCACACAGCUUCUUCUUGAUACACUGCUACUGAAUUGUUUUGGAGGCACAAUUUUUGUAACUGUUUUCACACUUGACUAGAGUGACAAGGUAUCUCAUGCAUAGUUUUUUCACACAAACCUUUUAUAUUAGAUUUUCGAAUUUUUCUACGUACAUCCACUUGGAAGCUAAAAUACUUGUAAAUGCGAGCUUCACCCAUCUUCGUUGGGUUUUGUAAAUGGAGAAACAAAAUUAGUUGAAACGAAAGUUCAUAUAGGUUAAUCUUUUGAGUAUGUGUCCCCCCCCCCUCUCUACUUGUGUAUCUGUAAUGUAGACUUGACGCAGUUUUGACACCAGUUGAACUGCCACGGCUUAAUAGGAUCCUGGAAGUUGAUAGCAUUGAGCCAUGGUGGUAAAAGUGACGCAAAACUGCAUUUUCUGCAGUGUAGAUACACCCAUAGUCCCAUUUCUAAAACAGACAGGGAUUUUCAGUAGAGUUGUCCAAAACAGUUUUUAAAAUUACUAAAAAUUGUAUUCUAGAAAGGCUUCCCUUUGUAUUUUGCCCCAAAUACUAGGUAUUUCUAGGGUCUGUGGCAGAACUUGCAAAAUGUUAAUUUGAUAGACUGCACUUCCCAUUAUUUGCUUGUCAGAAUGAUCAAUAGGUAUGUUUACUGUGAAAUAGUGAGAAGUAUUUUCCCCCGCCCCAAAUUCUAAGCCAAUGUUAUUUAACUAGCUGUAGACAAGACUCACACAGCUUGUGUUGCUCUCUCUAGCUCUGGUUCUCAACCUGUGGGUCCCCAGGCGUUUUGGCCUACAACUCCCAGAAAUCCCAGCCAGUUUACCAACUGUUAGGAUUUCUGGGAGUUGAAGGCCAAAACAUCUGGUGACCCACAGAUUGGGAACCACUUCUAGCUGAACAUAGCACUUUGGAUUGGUAUGAGCUGCUAGGCAGCAGCUUGAUAAACCACUUGUUUAACAACCUACACGCUAAAAUAGUGUAUAGGUUGUUAUUAUUGCUGAAAAAUACAUUAGAAAGACACCAAUUGCAAGGGGAUUUCCUUUCUUCCUCUUUGGUUCAUGGUCAGUGCUUAGCUUAGUAGAGUUGUGCAAUGCUGCUUAGAAUUUUUUCUGUUCUUUGGAUAUGCAUUUCAGGAAAUAAAUAGUGACUUUAUAAGUACACUAUAGUUUGGUCAUUAAUAAUGGGGGCUUUUUAAAAAAAUCUUUGAUACAUAGUUUUUGGCCUUAUGAUGUUGGGGCUCAUCACUAAUUCAAUGGGUCUGUUCCAGGAGCUUAUAACUGCAGUAUACAAAGAAAUAUAUUAUGGUCCGAAUGUGUCUAUGUAGCAUUGUGCUGAACUUUGGUAGUUUGAGAGUGGAAAGAAACGUGAGCCAAUCACCAGCAAACAAUGUGCUUCCAACUUCUGUGAUUUCUCUGUGUGCACAAAUAAAGUCACUGAUGUCUUUGUGUGACUUGGCCGAACAAUGCGUUUUGGUACUAUAUAUAUUUUUGUACUGCAUUUGGUGCUCUUGUCCACAAUUUCACAGUAAUUGCACUGUAGUCUUUUUAGCACAAAUGGGUGUGAAAGUGUAUUUAAAAUUACUGUUAAAGAUAUUUACUGUUGUUAGGCAGAAAAUGGUCUGUUUUCUGUUUGGAUGGACUGCGUUUUAAAAUCUGAUAUUAAAAAAGUAGAACCAG